AUGAACAUCUCAGGCUGCAUCAAUGAACUUUGUUUAUCCACCGUCUCAAGCUUUCAUCCACCGAUUCAAACCAAACGUCAUCGCCUACUUCGACCAACCGAUUCGACGCAAUCUCAACAUUCACCAUUUCCUCUUCGUCCGCUCGCGAUUUCGUAUUUCAGUCGCGUAUCAACCUCGUUCUGCUUCAAUUUGUUGUCUACUCCAUCUUUCACUCAGCUCCGAUUCAACCUCGCCAUUCACAGCAUCGUCGCGUCGUUUCUCUUCUUCCAAUGCUCAUCUCUGAUUCGCUCAACUCAAAUUCUCGUUCAAAGCUCUUCGACCUCGCCUUCACUCAUCAUCACAGUUCGUUUUCUGCUUUGUCAGCUUCACCUCCUUCUCUCGUUCACAUCCUACUUCCAACCAUCGCGUUCAACAGCCAACACGUUCUCGGUUCGUUCACGAUGA